AUGGUUCAGACAUUCUCGGUCCCGGGUCACCCAUACUUCCCCCCGGAUGCAGAUAUACCGCACUAUAUUCCCAAUGCCAGCUCUCUCAAUGAGCUGCUUGUGAGAUUCUCCAGUCUCCUGAGCAUCACCAUCUUCACCGCGCUAUGGCUCGCGACACGUUUCAACUCCCAGUUGAAACGGCCUGACAAGUUCAUUUUUGGAUGGUUUAUCCUCUGCGGCUCUCUCCACUGCUGCUUUGAAGGAUAUUUCGCCGUGAACCAUACCAGUUUGGCUGCCUCGAACGACCUCUUCGCCCAGCUGUGGAAAGAGUACGCCCUGUCGGACUCGAGGUACUUGACCUCGGACCCCUUCCUGAUCUGUGUAGAGACGAUCACGGCAACCGUAUGGGGCCCGCUGUGCUUCGCGACGGCAAUAUCCAUCACUCGCGGCGGCGGCCUGCGUUACCCCCUCCAGAUCAUCGUGAGCGUGGCUCAUCUGUACGGCGUGGCGCUGUACUACUCAACGUGCUACGUUAAUGAGAGCCACAGGGGGCUCGUCUACAGCCGACCCGAGUUCUUGUAUUUUUGGGUAUAUUACGUUGGGUUCAACGCACCCUGGGUGGUCGUUCCCGCUGUGUGA